AAUUCCGUCGAGUCUGCGGUCAAGAUGUUUCCUCAGUUUGGACAGACGGGUGGCGCGCGGUCGUCGUUGGUGGAGUUCAAUGCUGGAAAGAUGACUGCCGUCGCCAAGGAACCAGGCAGCACCAAGCUCAUCGUUACUCCCGACAUUCAGAAAGGCAAGAUCGCCCUUGUCCGCGGCGACGACCAACUGCUCCAUUUUCAAUGGAAGAACCGUACUACCGGCGCCAAUGUGGACGACUACAUUUUGUUUCCCCAAGAUGCAACGUUCGAAAAGGUCGACACGUCCCGUCCCCAAGACCGCGUGUAUGUGCUGCAGUACAAAGGCUCGGCUCGUCGAUUCUUCUACUGGUUGCAGAACAAGGACAGCUCGAAGGAUGCCGAGCAAGCUAAGAAGGUCAACGACUUGAUCAAUGCCACAACUCCCCCGACCGCCAGCGGCACUUCUGCGCGUGCGCCAGGUGGAAAUGGUGCCAACCCCGGAGGACAACUGGACCACAACGCGAUCAUGCAAAUGUUGGGGGCUUUGGGCGGAGGUCAAGAAGCGGCAGGUGGUAACGGCGCGCCGAACUCGGUCCAAAUGGCGGAACUGCAGCAGAUCCUGCAGCACAUGGGCAUGCCGCAAGGAAGCAACCCGAACGCGGCGUCUCCAGUGAGCUCCCCCGUGCCCCACGACCACGACAGCGGCCAUGAAGACGACGACGACGACGGACAGGAUGACGUGAACAUGGAGGAACUGAGCGAGGAAGAGCUGCUGCGGCUCGCGAUCGAAGAAAGCAUGCGCGACGUCCAAGACACGGAGGACGACGGAGUUGCGCCGCCGUCUUCGUCGGUGCCGACGCCUUCGAGUGGCGGCGCCGGCAUUCAACUCGCCGACUUGCAACGCGCGAUGGCGUUGGCGCAACAGCAACAUGUACGAGACUUAACUCGUUUUGCAUGCAGGAGUUGUGUCGUAGAGGAUGAACAUGAUGCGAGUAGAGUCAACGACCUGUGCACAUCUCCAUGUCGCAGUUGCUCCAGCAGCCGGUGGUAUUUGAACUGUUGCAUAACCCAGAAGUCCAAGCGGAGUUGCUGCCCCACCUUCCCGAGUCGAUUCAAACGUUGGAGGAACUUCUUGACACGGUAGGAACUUGGAGGAGAAGGAGACUGAUCAUGCAUUCAGCCGCGCACACCACAACUGCAGCAAUGCAUUGGGGCGUUGGGACAUGCCCUCAACACGAGCAACUUCAACGGGAUUCUGUCCAACUUUGGGUUGAACCCGUCGGCGGGACAGGAGCAUUUCGCUCGUGGCGACGGCAUCCGCGCGUUCCUGGCGGCGAUUCAAGACUGGGCCGACAAGGACAACCGAUCGUAGCUAGCUCCGCCCUUUGCACCGUCGGAGGAGUGUGCCCUACCUCGGUUUGGCCAAUCAAAUCACGCGAUAUGAAAUACUGGAGUUCUAUUGGAUAAAAAUUCGAGCAAAAUACAAACAAUCCAGUCGGAAUUUCAACCAAUCUGAGCCCUGGAUUCAAAUUCUGC